UAACAUAACCUCCCCUUAAAAUUCUAGCCCUUUUAAAACUCACCCUCAAUGCACUCUUCAAGCUGAAACUUACACAACCAAAAUCAUAUUCUGAAAAAACUACACAGAGGGAGCAAUGACAACAAAACCACAUUCAGAUGACCAAGAAGAUGCAGACUACAUUGAAAUGGAGGUUCACUCACACAGCGAUCGCUUCGUCGGUGUCAUGACCUCUCCACAUCCAUUAGAAUUCGAGUUCCAAAUGUUCUCCAGCUCUUUAAAGAAAGAUACCACAAUUUCUCCAGCUGAUGAACUCUUCUACAAAGGCAAGCUUCUCCCACUCCACCUCCCACCGCGCUUACAAAUGGUCCAAAAAUUGCUCCAGACCUCCAAAUCCUACGAAACAAACACCUUGGAAGAAUUCUUUAGCAGGCCAUUAGCUGACACUAGACCUGCAAACAGCCCUCCUGACGAUGUCUCGUCUCCAGGAUCCUGGAAGGUCAGUGAAGAACCGAAUCCUCAGGAGUGUGUUACUGAAUUCACAACUGAAACAAUUGCAUUUGUUCGAGGCAAGACCAAGAAGUCAUGGACCAGAAAGCUCAAGCUGGUUAAACAGGCUUCCUUGAGUUCUAAACUGAAGUCUUCGCGUGCCUAUUUCAAGUCAUUGUUUACUAAACCAGGCUGCUCGGAUAAGUCCUCUAUUGUUCAUGAGGACAAUCACAUUGUAAUAGCCAAGAAUCCAUUUCGGAGAAUUCAAACAGAAGGGUAUCAAGUGCAGCCGACGACUAAUAGAUUUGUUAAUGAAACAGGUUCAGACAAUGGUGCUAGCAGUCAUCAUAGAAGGUCAUUCUCUGGAGUUAUAAAGUGGUUUUCAGUUAGCAAGUCUUCAACUUCUUUCGGAAGUUUUCACAAGUCCUCGAGCUCAAGUGGUUCUGAGAAAUGUCUCAGAGUGCAGCCCCUCAAUAGGAGCAGCACCAUGAAUCCAGAUAUAGAGCAUUCAAUUCAGGGUGCAAUUGCUCAUUGCAAGAGAAAUUCUCAGCAGCAACUUCAUUCAAGAAAAUGUGGAAGCGAUAUGAGCUUUUUCUCAUCGUCUGCUUCUAAGAUCGCAAAUGAGGAUCACGAAAGAGAAGAACUUUGCAGGGGUUGAGGCUCCUAGAGCAAGAUUCAAAGAGAUAGAGAGAAUUUUGAAUAUCAGUUAUUCCUCUCCUUUCUCUGUAUCUUUGUGUAGUAUAUCUUCUUGGCCUUUCAUUUUAUUAAUUAAAUCGAAAUUAUCAAAAUUUGAAAACGAUGAA